GGAAUUGAUAACAAAAUUUGUGAAACUACCGAGGACGGUGAGACGUGAGGGAUCAGUAAAGUAACCGAAAGAUGAAAAAAUAAACUAUUUAAAUCAAAUCUCAAUCCAGUACUUACUUAAUACUAUUAUUAUUACAAAUUAAUUGAAAGUCUUCUAAGUGUUACGCUACAUCGUGUUUUCGAAUUUAACUAGACAGUCGACGCAAACCAUCAAGAUGUCCGAUGACGAAAUGGAAAAAUUCGAAAUCACCGAUUUCGACUUGGACAACGAAUUUAACAUGAACAGACCUCAAAGACGAUUGACUAAAAAUCAAGCCAUUUAUGGAAUUUGGGCUGACGAAGAAGAGCGCGAUGACAAUGACGAUGUGCCAUCGGGUUUUGGCGGCCGAGGAAGAAAAGAUAAAAAAUAUAAACAAAACUAUACUGCACCAGUGUCUUUUGUGGCCGGAGGUGUUCAACAAUCCGGUAAAGAUAAAAAAAAAAAAGAAAUAAAAACCGAGGAAAAGAAAGAAGAAUUUGAAAACCUAAACGUUAAUAUAUCUUCAAGCGAUGAAGAAGAUAAACCAUCAUUUAGUUUUGACAUUGAUCAAGAAUUAGCCGGUUUACGAAAAAAACGUGCUAAUGUUAACCCGUCGCUUAUGAACAAAGGUUUGGGUGACUGGGAAAAACACACUAAAGGAAUCGGCGCAAAACUAUUAUUAGGGAUGGGUUAUCAACCAGGACACGGUUUAGGUAAAAAACUUCAAGGAAUCACGGCUCCCAUUGAAGCAAAUUUAAGAAAAGGAAGAGGAGCAAUCGGUGCUUACGGGCCAGAAACAAAAUCCAGGCCGAUGAAACUAGAUGGUGAACAAAUGUCAGACAAGUCCAAAGACGAUAAACCAAAGGCCACAGUGUCCAAAUGGAGAAAAAAACUCAAGGCAGAAAAAACGCAGUAUAUUUACAAAACAGUUGAAGAAGUUAUCGAAGAAAGUAAACAUCCAGGACAGAGAAAAAGAGAAUUCAAUGAACUGAGCAAAGUGAAAGUAAUUGACAUGACCGGACCGGAACAAAGAGUGCUUUCAGGAUACCACGCCAUAUCGGGUGUGAGAAAACCAACCGACCAAUGGGAAAUACGAAAAGAUAAAAAAUUUUCCAAUUUCGAUAUGCCCGAAUUGUUACACAAUCUCAAUCUUCUAGUCGAAAUGGCAGAACAAAAUAUCAUAACAAACAAUCAAGAACUGUGCAACAGUGAAGAUCGGCUUAUUGUCAUCGAACGAGAAACAAAAAAGUUGGAAGAAAAUAUACAUGAUAAAACCAAAUGUAUCCAGUCGCUCGAGAAAAUGUUAAUUAUUAUGCAGGAACUUGCCGAGGCUUUAGACAACAAUGUAUUAAAUAGUCAAGAGGCUAUUAAAAAAUUAACUUACAUGAAAGAAAACUAUUAUCCUGAUUAUCGUCUAAAUGGGGGUUCAGUUUUAGCUUCGUCUAUUGCUCAAAUAUUAAUAAAAGAAAAACUGUCCGCUUGGGAUCCGUUACAAGAUCCGACAAUGCCUUUUGACGAACUCAACAAAUGGAAAGAACUGUUAAUUUUAGAUGAACCGUGUGCCGUCGGAACACAGUCAAGUGAUGAGUUUCAAACUCUGAUUUGGCAAGCGUGGGUUCCUCAAGUUCAAAAAGCUUGCGGGCAAUGGAAGUGUAGGGACUUUAAUUGUAUGCUGAGACUUAUCGAGCAGUCAGUUGAAGUAAUACCCAGUUGGAUAGUUAUCCAAGUUUUAGAGAGCAUGAUAUUACCCAAAAUACAAACCGAAGUAGAACAGUGGGAUCCCUUAACUGACCUCGUGCCAAUUCAUGUAUGGAUUCAUCCAUGGCUGCCGUAUUUAAGCAAACACUUUGAAACCGUUGUUUAUCCUACUUUGAGACAAAAAUUAAGUGUAGCGUUAAACGCUUGGCAUCCAUCGGAUAAUUCAGCUAAACUUAUGCUCCAACCUUGGGUAAACGUAUUCCAACAAGGUCAUAUGGAAGCGUUCUUAAUCAACAACAUAGUUCCAAAAUUACAAGCAGCCCUCCAAGCAUUCGUAAUCAAUCCACAUCACCAACAAUUAGACAAUUGGAAUUGGGUGAACACGUGGGUAGAUUUACUGCCUUUACCCACUUUGGUGUCACUGCUCGAACAGCAUUUCUUCCCUAAAUGGCUCAAGACACUUACUAUGUGGAUAAAUAUGAACCCGAACCACGAACAGAUUAGUAACUGGUAUACCGGCUGGAAAUCGUUAAUGCCCGCUUCUAUUGUUGAACACCCAACAAUCAAGGGACAGUUCCAUGCGGCUUUAGAUAUAAUGAGCCGAGCGGUCGGAGGACCUUCGAUGCCGGCACCGCCACCACCCCCUACGAUUCACGGUGGUCUAGCCGAAGCUGUACGAACUGCGUCACAAAUGCCACACGGUUUCAAGGAACUCGUGCAAAAACGGUGCGAGGAACAGGGUAUUUUAUGGAUGCCUAUGCCGGGUCGCUACAGAGAAGCAAAACAAGUCUACAGAUGUGGCGGCAGACUACAAGCUUACAUUGAUCGCGGAGUUCUGUUCGUCAGUCAGGACGGCACAAAAUUCUUACCAAUGUCUGUACAAUCUAUGCUUGAAAUGUGCGAUUGAAGUUUUGUCAUUUCAAAUUAAUUAAAUUUAGAUAAUUGUAGUAUUGUAUUGUAUUUUUUUUUUUUUGCAAAAUGUUUAUAUGAAUAAAACAGUUUUUUAAUAUAAAUUAAAUGUAACUAUUUAGUUUUUAUGUUCUAGCCGUAAAAAAAAGUGUAUAUUUAUGAACCAAUGCUUAGUGAUUUUGCAAUUUAAAAAAUUACAAUUAUCUACAAAUUGUCUUCAUGGUGUAUGUAUUUUUUUUCCGAAACAAAAUUAAUUCUUCACAUACUGGAAAAGAGAAGCUGCCGCAGCUAGCUUGUGAACGAUAUAAAAUUUCUUGAACAGUUAAAAGUUCUUUUUUUUCUAUAGAACAGACCUAAAUAAUUUGUAUA